AUGUUGAAAACUUCCCAAUCAGUCGUUUCGGCUGCGGACCAUACUGCAGUGACGACCAACUCGGUACCUUGCCGUAUUAACAUGCUUCCCAAAAUCCAUCGGAUUCCAAGGAACAAGAGCAGCAAGAAGAGUACUCUUGAUUGGAAAAAUCCAAAAAAGACAAAGAAAAAGGCAACCAUGACCACUCCUGUGAAGAAGGCUGCACCCCCAACCAUCCGGAUGGCCAGUACGCCUACCACGGUGGCAUCUUCUCCCGCUGCAAGCGCUGCCAAGUCUGCUUCUCCAGCCGCAAGUGUGGCCAAGGAGGAGGAGGAACAAGAACUCCCUAAACCCAAGAAACAGCCCUCCAUCACCCUUCUUCCAAAGGUUCACAAGCGAGUGCGACCAGCCCCUGCUCCCACUUGCAUCUUGAAUGACCUUCCUCUGCAAGAGAUUUCCUUUGUUCAUUCCGAUCAAGAUGAAUCAUCCGAAAUUGCCAAGACUCUCAUGUUUGGAGAAGACGAAGGCUUUGAGGACAUCCUGAACAAAAGCAUCAAUCGCGAUGAAUUGUAUGAUCUACAUCAAACCGAGUCGCCCCAAAAGUAUGUCAACUCGAGUAUGGAAACGGAGCUUCGACGAAACCGAGAAGAGAAGCUCAACACUUCCUUUCCUCAGACUGAAGCUGUCUUUGAUGCUUCGGUUCCAAUCGAUACUGAUAAUCGAGCCUCCAACGAUCUCUCUUUCGAGACUACCAGCUCCAUGGCCGUGAAUGAACGAAUGCACCUAGACGAGUCUCCCAUUCGUCCUAGACGCCAAGUGGUUGGAGAAGAAACCAUCAUGGACACAUCCAGAGAAGUGGAAAUGGUCCGCAAUUCUUUUUUUGAUAAUGAAGAAAUGGUUGCGGAACUCAAUAAUAAUGAGACAAAAGAAGAGAUCCCCAAGGAGAUCACUGCACUUACUCUUUCUAAUGCAGUCGUGGAUGAUAACGAUUUCAUGUCUCCCUUGCAACGCUUGCGUUCCCAACGAAGCAUGAACAGCAGCAGCAAUUUGGAAUGGAACGCAGAGCAAGAGACCCGCACGAAAGCCAAUCAACAGGAUGUGGCCUUGGCCAAGCAAAAGAAAAAGGAAGCCAAAUGCAAGGUGAAUAUUGCCAAACACAUGGCCGCCGAGCGACAGCAGCAAGAAGCUGCUGCGAUUGCCAAAGAGGAAGAAGCGAUGCUCCAAGAAAUGAUUGUCCAAGCCAAGAAGCAAGACGAGGCCGAGAAAAGGGCCAGACAUUCUGUCAAGACUAUGCAAAAGAAGAAUCAAACGAAAAAGCCAGCAGUGAAAUUUGGACAGAAGCAAGUGGUGACAUUGCCUCCGGUGACAUUGCCUCCAGCUUCCACCACCGACAAGCCCACAGCUCCACUGUCAUCUUCCCCACAGACUCUUACUACUACUGGAUCCGCCUUUGUACCCGAAUGGACCAAAAAGUCUUUGCGCAAGACUAGUCCAUCAAUUUCCCCAACGGAAUCGGCCAAGUCUACGGUUUCAACAUCAUCAUCAUCAUCAUCUUCCAAGAAGGUUCCCGAAUGGGCCAACAAGCAACUUCGCAAGUCUACCAUUACGACUAGGCGAACUUCUGUUCAAAGCAGUUCGGCCGGAUCUGUCAGUGACGAACUAUCGUCCUGGAUGGGCAAGCGCCGUCUCGCUUCCGAAGGUGAGACGAGUCUUUUGAAGUAA